GCUAGGGGUCGGACGGGAGGGGACAGAAUGGACGCGAAACUGCGCACUGAGGGAAGCCAGAGGCUGGGCCCGUCCGACGCUGAAACCUGGCAGGUCCUGGCUGAAGGGGCGGGGAGGGAAGGCACUCCGGGCCGGCGCUGUCUGGUGGCCCAGUGGUCUGCGCGGAGCCCCAAGUCUUCCCUCUGGCUUUGGCACCUUCUGGAUCCCGUAGACACCCAACCUUUCCAGGACUCUGCGCCCUUGGCGUUGGCCUGGCCCUGGGCAGGGUGCGGGAGUCUUGCAGAAGGAGCCCACUACCUUCUUUAACAGCAGCCUCUUCAGGCCCACUGCUGACCUGCUCCUCCUAAGAAGAGAAUUUCCUCCUUUUCUUGGAGAUGCUCCUGCUGCUUGCCUCUUUUGGAUCACUACCUGUUUCCUCCUUGGACAAAGAUUUCUUCCUUUUGGGAAGACUUGUGCUGCCAGCUGCCUCUGCAAGAAAAUUGCUAUUUUUCAUCCUUUAGUAAAGUUAGGUAGUUUUCUUCAUAUACAUUUCCUGUUUAGUUUAUUCCUUGAUGUUUGGACUUGUUUUUAUUGUAAAUAUUUAUGUUCCCAUUUUUUCUUAUGAUUAUUUCUGGCCUAUUGAAAAUCAUUUUGGUAUUUAUCUUGAAUUUUCCAUGUUUUUUCAACUUAUAUUCCAACAGUUUUCAAUUGGUCCUCCUGGAGGGCAGUCAUUUCACCUGCAAACUAAUCUUUUUUUCUGAUAAUGUAAUAAUGUGUUUUUUUCUUAUCCCCCCCCAUUGCCUUGAUUAAAGUUGCCAGAACAGUGUUAUAACAGCUAUGCUGUUUUUAACUUUUAAGGUAAUAUUUCUAGUUUUUCAUCAUUUUGGUUUCUAAACUAAGUGGUCUUAACAUUUUUGGUAAACCAGCAGUUCUCAAUGUUUAGUGAACAUAGAAAUUAUCUAGAAUACAUACUUGCUUAAAAUGCAAAUUCGCAGGAAUGGAUGUUAAAUUUUACUGAAUGCCUUUCAACUAACCAUAUAUAAUACCUUGUACAUUACAGGUACAGUAUAUGAUAAUUUUUCAUUUGUUGAUUCAACAAAUAUUUAGCACCUAGUAUAGGCUGAGGAUAUGGAAGUAAACAAAGUAGACAGAGUCCUUAUUCUCUCUUUUCUUUUCAGAAAUAAUUUUACAAGCAUAAACACUUGAAAGACAAGUCUUUUGAGUCCAAAGAGAUUCAGAACAUCUAUUCUUCAACCCCGUCGUCCCCUAAAAUCAUACACAGGUGUUAUAAAAGGGUACUAGAAAUGAAAACAAGAAUAUACUGUUUGUUCCUAAUGGCUUUUAGUAUAUAUUAACAUAUUUUUUAUGAUGGCAUCUGAGACUGAGAAGACUCAUGCUUUAUUGCAGUCUUGUAGCACUGAGUCUCUUAUUUCUAGCCUUGGUCUGGGGAUAUUUUGCUUAGUAGCUGACAAACUUCUUCAGUUUUCCAUAAUCCAACAAAAUGACUGGCUUCGUGCCCUCUCAGAUAAUGCAGUACAUUGUGUGAUUGGCAUGUGGUCAUGGGCAAUAGUCAUUGGAAUCAAGAAGAAGACUGACUUUGGAGAAAUCAUUUUGGCUGGAUUUUUAGCCUCUGUUAUUGAUGUGGACCACUUUCUUCUAGCUAGAUCUCUGUCUUUAAAGGCAGCUUUGAGUCUUCCACGAAGACCUUUCUUUCACUGCUCUACUGUGAUACCUGUUGUGGUUCUGAUCCUGAAGCUUACUAUGCACCUUUUCAAGCUCAAAGAUUCAUGGUGUUUUCUUCCUUGGAUGUUAUUCAUAUCCUGGACGUCGCACCAUAUUCGAGAUGGAAUUCGUCACGGCCUGUGGAUGUGCCCUUUUGGAAAAACUUCUCCUUUGCCAUUCUGGCUUUAUGUGAUAACCACAUCAUCUUUACCUCAUAUCUGUUCAUUUGCUAUGUAUUUAACAGGGACCAGACAAGUGAUGUCUUCAAAACAUGGAAUUCAUAUUGAUGUCUGAUGUAACUACAUGGCUCAUAGAGAAGUAAAUGGUUCAGAUGAUGAUAAUGAAGGGUAGCCAACAUUAAAGUGAAUUUUUAAAACACAGAUACUUAUAUUGUUUAAUUUUUAUAAUUUUUGAGUACUUCUUGCUCAGAAAGUUAUCUAUAAUUUUCUUAAAAAUUUUAUUUAUAUUGGUUGGGUAUGGUGGCACACACCUAUAAUCCCAGCAACUU